AUGAGCGACGAAUUAUUCCAACAGGGCGCGGACCAAGACCUUGCCAACCUGGCAAGCAAUGAAGCAAUGCUGCCCGACACAUGUGGAGCGGCAGGCAAGCUCCUGCAGCUGGUGUAUGCAGAUCUUUUGUUGUCCAUGGAGCAGGACUUCUCCCGUGCCGCCCGCGCUGCUGUUCACCGGAAGUUGCAUGUGGCAUGUGAACCGGUGCCUGACCUUGUGGACUACUUGCAUGAGGUGAUGGAGCCCGGCCGAGGAAAGAACUUCAAAGAUUGGCGGUGCAUCAUGAACAAGCGCAUUGGCCUGUCCUACAAGGCAAAGGAUCAAGGCUUGGUCUGGCUCGACGACAAGGUCCUGCAGGUGGCCAUGACAUCCGAUGUGUUGGGAGAUGAGCGGCAUCUGCCGAUUCUGAGCCACGGCGAGCAGACUCGUGGAGGCCGCCAGGCGCUUCACAUGGCGGCCAUGCGCGAGGUGGAGCUGAACACCCCGCUGGUGAUAAAGCCGCGCCACGGAUCGAAUUCCAAGUUUGUGUCGAUGUUUCCGAGUCCCAUGGAGGACGGACUGGAAGCUGUCCUGGACAGCAUCGACUUGGCAUUGGAUGGGGAUGAUCCUUCGUGGAAGAAAGAGUCCUGGAACCAAAAUGCAGUCCCCAGGGGAGCAUUGCUUCAGCCUCUCUACACCCUCAUGGCCGACUUCGUGCCGGGUGUAAGGAAGAAGCUCAUGAAGCCACUGGAACUCAAGGUGCAGGUCCUCUUCGGAGUGGUGGUCGGGGGUUGCUUGAACUCGCAUCCCAUGGCAUUGUGGGUUUCGAGCCGUGGAGCGGUGCAGCUCUGGGAUCCGAACUUGCCUGGCCUGCUGAAGAAAGGCCACGGCCUCUGGGAGCCUCUUCCGGAUGAUGCUUUGGAGGUCCUGCUUAGGUCCCUGUCUGAGAGCUGGGAAGCUAUUCGACGCGACUCCGAGAUCCUGGCUCAGCGAGUGGGGCUUGAUGAGUUGAGGGUGGAUUGGCUCCUUGGGGACAAGCUCUGGGGCCCUCGUAUCGGUGAGCUGACCUACAUGGGCACGUUUGCCCUCGAUCUUUGGCCCGUCUCCUGGCGCCUCGCGCGAGCCUUCGCUGCCGGCCAUCUGAGAAGGUGGAGGGAUUACGAGGCUGGCCCGUACCUGUCCUACCUUCCGAGCGACGGGGCGUCGGAGAUCUUGAAUUUGGAGGAGGACCGGCGACUAAAGCUCGGGGAGAUUGUGGAGGCUCGGUCUUGGAUGAAGAAGCACGAGGAGUCUGGGCUGACUCGAAUCCGAUGCCGUGCGACCUCCGACGGCGCUGUUGGUUGGGCCACGGUCGUGGGCAACCAAGGCACGGUCUUCUUGGAGGCAAAGUGA